AUGAUACCCCUUGUUCGCACUGUAUUUCUUCUUGGAGCUGCAUCCCUUGUUGCUGCCCGCCCUGUUGUCGAACACCGCGCCGUCACUCAACUCGACCAAGCUGCUACCGAGGAAGCUCAACGACGGGAUGACACUGCCACAAGGCCGUUUUCCUCGGUGCCGAUCAAGACUUCGGGUGGCCAGUGCCUCUUCGUCGAUCCUUUGUCGGGGGAUUUCCGUGCCAACUUGACCCCGAUUCAAGUUGGCACCUGUGAUGGAAGUCAAGCUCAGGAAUGGGACGUGAUUACCGCGGGAAAACACAACAACGUGGCAGGCAGUGCGUCGAUUGUCAGUGGACUGACGCAAGCUUGCUUCAACUUCGACCCCCGUCGUGCCGCAGGGAACCAGGUGCUUCUGUUUUCGUGCGGUGGACGUGCUGACGGCGGCGGUCUUGUGACAGAUUCUCAACUCUUUCCGGUUUCAGGAGGUGCCGGACCUUUGGCCUUUACACCGGAGAAUGCUCCAGGAAGCUGCUUCACGGUCAAUGGAGCCGUCAUCGACAUCGCCGUCUGCGACUCUGCCGACCCCAAUCAGUCGUUUACCUUUGGUGACAGUGCUCCUGCAGUCAGCGCUCCUUCAGCGACCACGGCGGAUGCCGCGAGUGUUGCGACGGUGACGGUAACCCCAGUUCCUGUUGAAGCGGCGACCUCGGCUUUGGCUACCGCCAUAAUCACCACCCCAGCACCUGAUGCCGCCCCUGCCACCACCACCGCCACCGCAGCAUCUGCUGGAAUCAUCUCCGUCUCCCGCGCCGGCAGUGUCUUGAACCCUUCCGACGCUGCGGAAGCGAACCCCCGCGACGACACAGCGACCCGCGCGUUCUCCGGCGUGUCGAUCAAAUCGUCCUCCGGACAGUGCCUUUUCAUCGACCCAACAGCAGGCGACUUCCGGGAGAACCUCAUCCCCAUCGUCCUCCAGCCGUGCGACGGCUCGGCCAACCAGCAGUGGGACUUCUUGACCGCGGGCGCGCAUAACAACGAACCUGGUUCGACCUUGGUUGUCAGCAGUUUGACGCAAGGGUGCCUUAACUUCGACCCUCGAAGGGCAGCCGGGGACACUGUGAUCAUGUUCAGCUGUGGUGGACGGGCCGAUGGAGGCGGCCUAGUCACGGACAGCCAGCUCUUCCCGUUCACAGAAGGAGAGACGAGCUUACGCCUUCAGCCAGGAAACGGCGAUGGGCAAGUCUGUCUUAGUGCCAACGCGGACGGCAGGCUAGAUCAGGCGCCGUGCAGCGAUGAUGCCGGCCAGGUGUUUACUAUCGGUUGA